AUGAAGGAAAACAUAACGAAAAAUGGGUACUUACAAAACGCUCUUGAUUUUCUUCUUACGCUUCUGCUGAAUGCGAAUAAACUCAAGACAGCGGCCUGUUGGAAAGUUUGUGCCACUGCCACAGCCGAUAGGCUUGUCCAUAAACUUAUAGUCAAGACCACGCAGGCCCUUGAGAAGAAGAUUCGCUCGCGGCUUGCCCAAAUCAGAGAAACUCAAACAUCUACCGAGAAUAACAAUAUGGAGUUACAGAACAACUAUUCUUUCCUAUCUCUGUCGCUUGUCUGUUCUUACCUGCAGGUGGUACUGUCUCAAAGUCUUGACUCAAAGAUCCAUCUCGCAAUAAUAUGCUAUUAUCUUGAGACGAUCCGUCCUAUUCGUUAUAAUAUCGAUGGUAUAGCUCUUAUUCGCUUCCACGAUAGAUCAAACGAUGGGAUGUUGGAGCCCAUUCAUUGGUGGUCUUGUAUCGAAUUGUGUUUCCCAGCUGUUACUCCUCCCAUAAGGAAAGAAUACGCGUGA